AAUACUUAAGUACAGUACCCCACUGUUAAGUUCUUAUUCUUCAAACCAUGACUGUCCUGUGUAACUAAUAUAAUGCCUUCUAUUUUUCCUUAGUUCUGGAGGCAUAGCAGCAACUCUCAUGUCUGUGGCCACUUUACAUUCAUGGAGUCUUGGAGGCCAAGUGCAGCGAUCUGUGCCCAAGUUAUUUUCUGUUCCAGGGCAGGAUGACAGGGAGGCUACAGCCUCUCCAUUAUCACGCUAUAAGGAUGAUGAUGACGAAGGGGCAGCAGAUGCCAAUAAAGAGGAAACUCAAGACCUCACUUUGAAGGAAUUGUUUGCGUCUAAGUACACUCAUGUUUUUCCUCUGUAUCAGUACUACUGCCUGCAAUCUGUAAAAGCUGACCUAAACAGGAUAAACAACAACAGUCUGUCUGAACUGGUGACCGCCCAGUGUCUACCUGGCCUACAGUCCCCACCUGUCUUCCGCGUGGUCACCUCUCCCCCACCACUGUCUCCUCUCACAGUAAACCCAUGCAGCUUUUGGCAGGACUUGUCUGAGGUGAAGGAGAGUGGCCUACUUAAAAUACUCUCCCUCGGCGAGAUCCGUCUACAGGAGGCUAUGUUUGAGAUGAUUGGUUCUGAGGCCUCCUACCUGAGAAGCCUGGGGGUAGCUGUGAAUCACUUCUUUGCAUCGAAGACACUGAAACAGACCCUCCAUCGCAUGGAGCAUCACAUUCUGUUUUCCAACCUGCGCAGUGUGAUGGCAGCCAGUGAGGGGUUUCUGCUGGACCUGGAGGUGCGUCUGGGGGAGAGUGUCGUGAUCUCUCAGGUUGGCGACAUUGUGCUGCGUCACUGCCUCAUGUUCCGAUCCCUCUACGUGCCAUAUGUGACCAACAUGAUGUACCAGGAGGCCCUGGUCACGCUACUGCUGCAGGAGAACCGAGAGUUUCUGUUAGCAGUGAAGAAACUGGAGAGUGAUCCAAUAUGUCGGCGACAGACCCUGAAAUACUUCCUUGUCCUCCCCUUCCAGAGGAUCACACGUCUGAAAAUCAUCAUGGAGAGCAUCCUGAAGCUGACCGGGCAAGACUCUAAAUCGAUACCUUGUCUAAAACAUGCCAUUGAAGCCAUACACAAGAUAGUGAUGGAGUGUGAUGGGGGGGUUCAGCGGAUGAAGCAGAUUGAGAAACUGGUGUACCUGGACAAGCACAUGGAUUUCGUCAAUGUUAAGUCCAUUCCUCUGAUCACAAGUGUCCGCUUUCUGGUGCAUGAAGGCCCCUUGAGACAGCUUACUCCAGAGGGCUACGUGCCAGGAUCCAGGAUUUCCUACAUGGAUGUUUACCUGCACCUUUUCAAUGACCUGUUGCUCAUCUCAUUGAAAAAAGAGAUGCGUUUCAGAGUGCUGGAUCAUGCGGUGUUCCCCACCCACGUGCACACUGAGCAGCUGAAAACAGAGGCCCUUGGUCUGCCCCUAGAGUCCUUCGUGCUGCGCCUCUCCCAGAACCACACUGGGCAUGCCACUGCUUUCAUACUCGCCCCACAUACCACUACCAGGUAAGAAGUUGGUUAGAAAUGCCUUUGUCCCCUCACAUCUAAUUCACACAAUGACUCCAUAUGCAUGUGUUUACAGGUCAGACAAAGACGCCUGGAUGAAGGCUCUGUCCUCUGUCAGUGGGGACAUGUAUGAAGGACCUGUGAAGUACUGUACUGUAUAGAGUUUCUGAUGUGUUAUUAGUCAAUGGUUCUCUGGAAGAGCAGCAGUUUUAGUUGCCUGUCAGUGUUACUGUAUUGGAAAAGUGUUAAGUUUGUUUUUAGACACGUUUCAGCUUCUGAUAUUGUGCAAGUUGAUGCGACAGUUUUAAUUUGUUACUGGAUUACAUGUACUUGCAUCUUAUUCACUUUGUGUAUAUUUGGCACUUAGUUUUCCUAUUUGCACUUUUUGGGGGGGUUGUAUAGCACUAUAUUGGUUAUUUUCGAUGGACCACAGCUCUUGUUCGUACAUGGAUGACUUGGACAGAUUAGUUACCAGCUCACAAUUAGUUUAGGAAACUUCAGUUUUAAAUUAUGUGAAUUUUAUGCAUGAUAAAUAAACUGUCAU